AUGCUGGUAUUUCUAUUCUUAAUCAGCUAUUCUUCAGCUUUGACAUGCCCUUCAUACUCCUGCAAAACUCAAGCUUACAGCUUCCAGCCUCAGCAGUGCAUUUAUUAUCAGAGUAAUCACUAUUACCUCAAUCCUUGCCAAAGUAAAGUUGUCCCUUUUUGUCAACCAACAUUAGGAUUAUCUAAUAUUACCUGUGUAAACACUCCUAAGCCUCAACUAAUAGGAAUUUCUCUCCCAGGCGAAAUGUGCACUAACGAUUUAUCAUGUGAUUCAGGAGUCUGUGACAAUGGAAUCUGCAACUCUUUAAACUACCUCGGAAAUUGCACCAUACAUGAUGAGUGCAACCCAGGCCUUUACUGCUCAGCUGGCAUGUGCAUUUUUCAGCUGCAAGUCGGACAGCAAGGCUGCACAAGUGAUUAUAUGUGUAUUAACAGUGCUGGGUGUUUAUUAAAUACUAAUGGGGUUGGAGUCUGUAAGCCAUAUUACAGCAUUGCAGCAGGGACUCAAAUCCCUUCCUGUACAAAUAAUGUCAACCUUUUGUGCAGCUCAGGACUUUGUGGGACUAAAGCUGGGGUUGCUUAUUGCGCUCAGUCUGUAGCUUCUAGCACUGCUUUGCCGAUGGCAUGUCAGACUAAUGCCGACUGUGUCUCUAAAGCUGACUCUUCCUUAGGGAUUACUUUUAACUCAGUCUGCCAGUGCAGCUAUAGUCCUAAAGGCACCGCAUACUGUGGACUUUUCCCUGGUGACUCAGCAUAUGCCCAAUAUAUAACCUCUUUAAAAGCAUGGUACACCUCAAACUACCCAGGUCUCUGCAACACAGUCAGAAGAAGCCACCCUCAAUGCAUAAAAACUUAUUUAUCAGCCCAAAACGCAAACCAGCUGAUUUUAUCUCAAAAUUAUAUGCUAUUUCUCCUAAAGCCAAUCAUUUUAGUAUCAUUUUUUACAUAUUUAUAUUCAUAGUAAAUAAUUAUAUAGCGUCAUACUCUCAAAUCCAGCAAAACGAUAACUGUACACAAUAUGUGUACAAUCAGAACUAUUGGCAACUCUAUAGAGAAGUUAAUAACCCCCCUCAUGACAGCUCAGCAAGAUAUGUGCUUAUAUCAUUUCUUUUAAUUUUAUUCAUAUAA